AGAAGCGAGGCGGGCCGGGGGGGCCUGAGAGCGGCGGGGUCUCGGACCCCGCCUUCGUGCCCAGCGCCAUGUCCUGGAUGUUCAGGAGGACGGACGCGCCCCAGGUGUUCUUUAAAGUAGAUCCUCUUUGGAAAUAUUUGCAGUCUUUCCAAUAUGGAGUCCAUGGAACUUUUUCACACUGCACCUAUCCCAAUUUAUUUUCUCCUUUUGAUCCUGAAGACAUUGUCCCUCCAGAUGACUUUAUAGCUGGUGAUGAAGAUCUAGAUUCAGUUUUAUUUGGAACUUUAAGAGGUCAUGUGGUUGGAUUACGAUAUUACACAGGAGUGGUUAAUAAUAAUGAAAUGGUGGCACUUCAGAGAGAGCCUAAUAACCCAUAUGACAAAAAUGCAGUGAAAGUAAAUAAUGUCAAUGGAAAUCAGGUGGGUCACAUAAAGAAAGAACUUGCAGCCCCUCUGGCCUACAUCAUGGACAACAAACUGGCCCAAGUGGAAGGGGUGGUCCAUUAUGGAACAAGCAAUGCUUUUACUAUGCCUGUUCAGAUGAGUUUUUGGGGGAAAGAAGAAAAUAGAAAAGCAGUGUUAGAUCAGUUGAAGAAACAUGGAUUUAAAUUGGGGCCUCCACCAAAAAGUUCAGGAUUUAAUUUUGGUAGUAGUUGGAGUUCUGAAAGAGCUGGACCAAGUUAUAGUGUACCUAUUCAUGCCGCUGUGCAAAUGACAACUGAACAGCUCAAAACAGAAUUUGACAAAUUGUUUGAAGAUUUAAAAGAAGAUGAUAAAACUCGUGAAAUGGAACCAGCUGAGGCUAUUGAAACACCUUUACUUCCACACCAGAAACAAGCAUUGGCUUGGAUGAUUUCACGUGAAAACAGCAAAGAACUACCUCCAUUUUGGGAACAAAGAAAUAACUCCUACUAUAACACAAUUACCAAUUUUUCUGAAAAGGAACCACCAGAGAAUGUUCUUGGAGGAAUUUUAGCUGAUGAUAUGGGUUUGGGUAAAACUCUUGCAGCCAUUGCAGUGAUCCUAACCAACUUCUAUGAUGGCAAGCCUCUUCCUGUUGAAAAAACUAAUGAAUUGAAGGAGGAACAUAUUAUUGAUAAAUCUGCAAAACAUGGAGAAAAUGAUGACAAUGAACAAGUGAAGGAACUGUGUAAAGUAGAAGAAUGUACUGCUAGUGAAGAGCCCAGUGUUUCAAACAUCAAGGAGAAAAGUAAAGAUUCCAAGUCAGAAUUUACAAGUACUCGUCCCAAAAGAAGAAAAGCCACUGUUAAGUAUACUGAAAGCAGUGACUCAGAAGAGAUGGAAUUAAAUGAAUUGCCACAUAAAAUAAAAGCCAGACCUAGACAGGAACAGCCAGUGACUAAAGGCAGAAUUAAAAGAUCUUCUAAGGUUAAAGAAGAUGCAGACUUUGCAUGUGCACUUGAGCCAUCUGCCCCUCUGCUAAAAAAGAAAGCCAUGAAAAAAGGAGCUACUACCCUAGUACAUUGCUCUAAGAAAAUUGACACUGAAGAGAAACCAAGAGCAACAUUGAUCAUCUGUCCUCUUUCUGUUUUAAGCAAUUGGAUUGAUCAGUUUGGACAGCAUAUAAAAUCAGAUGUGCACUUAAAUUUGUAUGUUUACUAUGGUCCUGAUCGCAGCAAAGACCCUGCUUUGCUUUCAAAACAAGAUAUUGUAUUGACUACAUAUAAUAUUUUAACUUAUGAUUAUGGAAGCAGAGGGGACAGUCCAUUACACAAAAUAAGGUGGCUGAGAGUAAUUCUGGAUGAAGGCCAUACUAUCCGGAAUCCAAAUGCUCAGCAAACAAAAGCUGCAUUAGAUCUAGAUGCUGAAAGAAGAUGGGUGCUGACGGGUACUCCAAUCCAGAAUUCAUUAAAGGACUUGUGGUCACUGCUUUCCUUUUUAAAACUGAAGCCAUUUACUGAUAGAGAAUGGUGGCACCGAACAAUUCAGCGUCCUGUGACGAUGGGGGACGAGGGGGGACUUCGGCGUUUACAGUCCUUAAUUAAAAAUAUUACCCUCAGAAGGACAAAAACAAGCAAAAUUAAAGGCAAACCUGUUUUGGAAUUACCAGAGCGUAAAGUAUUUAUUCAACACAUUACACUUACUGACGAAGAGAGACAGAUUUACCAGUCUGUAAAAAAUGAAGGCCGAGCCGCAAUUGGCAGGUAUUUUAACGAAGGCACUGUGCUUGCACACUAUGCAGAUGUCUUGGGCCUUUUGCUCAGAUUGAGACAAUUAUGUUGUCAUCCUCAUCUCUUUACAAAUACAACAUCUUCCAGUGGUCCCUCAGGAGAUGAUACACCUGAAGAACUACGAAAGAAGUUGAUUAGCAAGAUGAAGUUAAUUCUGAGCUCUGGCUCAGAUGAAGAGUGUGCAAUUUGCUUGGAUUCUUUAAAUAUUCCUGUGAUAACUCAUUGUGCACAUGUGUUUUGUAAACCAUGCAUUUGUCAAGUAAUUCAGAAUGAGCAGCCAAAUGCCAAAUGCCCCUUAUGUAGAAAUGACUUACGAGCAGAAAAUUUGGUAGAGUGUCCUCCAGAAGAAUUGAACUGUAGUACUGAGAAAAAGACUGAUCUGGAAUGGAUGUCCAGUUCAAAGAUCAAUGCUCUAAUGCAUGCUUUGAUUGACUUAAGAAAGAAGAACCCCCAAAUCAAAAGUUUAGUUGUUUCUCAAUUCACAACUUUCCUGUCUUUAUUAGAAACACCACUUAAAGCAUCUGGGUUUGUAUUUACUCGUUUGGAUGGCUCCAUGGCCCAGAAGAAGAGAGUUGAGUCAAUACAGUGUUUUCAGAAAACUGAAGCAGGAUCUCCUACAAUAAUGCUUCUUUCUCUAAAAGCUGGUGGAGUUGGUUUGAAUCUCUGUGCAGCCUCUCGAGUAUUUUUAAUGGAUCCAGCCUGGAAUCCUGCUGCUGAAGAUCAGUGUUUUGACAGAUGUCACAGACUUGGCCAGAAGCAGGAAGUAGUCAUCACAAAGUUCAUUGUGAAGGACUCUGUGGAAGAAAAUAUGCUGAAAAUACAGAACAAAAAGAGGGAACUUGCUGCAGGAGCCUUUGGAACCAAAAAGCCUAAUGCCAGUGAGAUGAAGCAAGCCAAAAUUAAUGAGAUCAGAACUUUAAUUGAUUUGUAAUGUGUAUGGUUUUAGGCCAGGUGAGUUCAGCUGGUCAAAUACAGAUUUACAAAAUCUUUGGAAGAGGUAAUUUGGAGUCUGCGAUUUGUGUCUUUUUAAAACAGGUACCAAACAUCUUUAUUAGUGACAAGAUAAUUGACAGGUUAUCUCUUCUGAAUCUGAACUUGUUCUUAAUGAUAGUUCAAAUAGCAAUAAUACUGCUGUGUACAGUAACUAAAAUAAUUUUAUGAGAGAGAAUUACUUUAGUAUUCUACUUUCAUAAUACCAGUCCUAAGUAUUCUUAAACUAAUUCCCACCAGGUACACAACACAGCCUUUUCACUUUUGACUAUGUCAGGCUUUUUACACUUUAUGAGCAAACAAGUUGUUUUCUUGUUGAUCUCUUACGGUUGUUCACUCAUCUCCUCUUCAUACUUUUAUGAUGAAAUAGAUAAAUACUUUCCCUAAAUUUAAUUCUCAAGAUGAUAAGUACACAGAAUGUGUAGUGAAUUAAUUCAUUGGAACUUUAUUCUGAUAUAAUCCUUGCAUCUAGAACCAAAUUAUAUCAAAGGCCAAAGCCUUGGAUGAACAACUUAAUUUUAUGUAGCUAAAAAUUUUUUUUUUAGAAACUGUGUUAUAGCAGUACAUUCCCCAUUAUAGUCAGGUAGCACUGUAUAAAGUGUUUUAAAAAACCUAUCUUGGUACUUAGGUCAUACAGGGAAAAAAAUCAUUCCACCUUAUUUGAUUUGACAAUUUAAAUUAUGGAAAUGCUAAAAAUAGACAUUUCUGUAAGUAGUUUUCACUCAUGAAGCUUUUUUGAAAAAUAACUUUGUAAACUUUUAUAAUUCCAAAGUCUGCUUGAUGUAAAAUUGCAAUCUGGGUGGAUGGUUGAAUUAGAUAACAUAUAAGAUCCAUUCAUCUUUAAGGUUCUGUGAUUCUAUUACAUCUUGGUCCUUAUUCAUAAAAAUCUCUUCUGCAUGUUCUUAUUAUCAAAAUAUUUGAAACUUUUAAGAAUUCAUUCUUAUAUGCCCAUAGAAAUGCAGUCAGUGCUAUUUUAAAAUAUAUAUAUGUAUAUGUAUAUAUGUAUAUAUACAUAUACAUAUAUAUAAUUCAGUGAUCAGGUUUAGAUAGUAUUUCAUAUGGAAAUAGUUUAAUGACUGUACUUUUUUUUUUUUUUUUUUUUUUUUUUUUAAUGAGAAGAUGCGUUAAUAACCGUGAUGAGUGGAGAUUCAUUUUUGGUACAAAUGUAAAAGCACCUUAGAUUUUGCUUAGAGUAUAUGAUGUCACCUGAAUGAAAAGCAAGGAAGAUUACAUGCAGUUUAAAGUUGUGGCAUAUAUGUUUCACGUUUAGGAAUACAUCUUCCCUAAAGCCUAAAUUUAGAUUUGACUCACGUCAGGUAUCCUGGCAGCUAAGCUUGCAUUAUUCUCCGCAGUUUCUUCUACCAUUGUUAACAGUAAUUGAUCCACAUCACAUACAACUAGGGAGCUUGGUAGCAUCUCUUCCUGAGUUGGAGAAGGGAAUUGAGAGCUGUUUCUACUAACCUUCAGGAGCUGCUUAAGGGGCAGACAGGGGAAAAGCUACUGAUCUUUGGCAAUGUAAGCUUGGGGGAUAGGGGAGUGAGGAACAGAUUUGAAUCUAAAUUUUCCUACAAAACACAAAAUCGGGUUACUUUCACAACUCAUUCUCCUUUUGAGUUUCUGUAAAGUUAAGAACUCCCUUAUCUUCUUUACCAAACAUUUACUGAGUUUCUUUUCCCUAAUUUCCAAUAUUUAUUUUGGUGAAUUCUUUCAAAAGUACAAAUAUUUCCUUAAUGUAUUGUUAAAGAAAAUAUGCAAACUACUUUGAAAUUUGGGGAUGGAUACUGGAAUUUUAACUUAAGUUAGUGCUAUGUUAUGAGCCAGUUUGAGUUUCUACGAUACAGAAGAAGCUCCCUGUGAACAGUUUUGUUGUAAAAGGUAGAUGCUAUGCCCUAUGCAUUUGUAGUUUGGAUUGGAUUUCUGUGUUACAUUUAAAAUCAAUAAAAAUGUUAGAAUUGA